GUAUACUCGGUGAGUUCUUUGGGUCACGGGCCGCAAGCGGGAGGCGAGACAUGGACGGGGCCAACGGCGAGGAGUUUGCGAUGGGGUGCAUCCUCGCCAUCAAGACGACGCUCGGCGACGAGUUCGAGGGACAGAUCAUCACAUACGACCGUCCUUCCAACAUCCUUGUCCUUCAAGAGGGCACCACGGAGCCCGGGGCUCGGCGGAACAUUCGGCUGUUGAAGGCCAACUACAUCAAGGACUUCACCCUCGUGGGGAGGGGCGAGGACCCUCUUGACCCCAAGAAGUGCUUCAUCGAUCUUGCCGCCAUCCAGGCGAGGGAGGAGGCUGCAUUGAGACAAGCAGAGAUCGUAGCUGAGCGGAUUGGCGUCGGGGUCACUGCUGAGGCUCAGAGUAUUUUUGAUGCAUUGUCCAAGACGCUUCCAGUUCAUUGGGAUAAGACUGUCAUAGUGGUGAUGAAUGAAGUGCGUGUAUGCAGUCCAUAUCUCCCCGACAAUGUUAAUGGGGGAACACCAGCUGCCAAUGAACGGGUGAAGAAAGUACUUGAGUUUGAAAGGAAAAGGUUACAAGCUCGCCCAUCUGGACGGUUUUGAUCAUCUCUCUUGGCAUGUAGCUUGUGGAUGUAAUCACUGGCUUGCUUGGAGUCUUUAAUUAACACACUGAUUUCUCACUAGUUGUGUUUAUAUUCUAACUGUUCAUGAGAAGACUAGCUACAGCACAAAUUGUUAAAAAAACUCUGUUUUCUAUAUAUGCUCAAUGAAUCAAUUGGAAAGAGUCAUUUCCUUUCUAUU